AUGGUUGCUCGAGCAUCGUCACGCCAGGCCGCCCAGAAGGCCAAGGAAGCCAUCACCGGUCAGAUGGGGGCCAGUGGAAGUGGAAAAGAAUCCACUGGCUCUAAGCGCAAAGCUCAGCAGGAAAAGCCACCGGAGCCCAACAAACAGAGAGAGAUCGAAGAAGAGCCGAAGGUAGAGGACAGAGCGGGCCCGUCAAAGGGUGGGAGGUCUGACACAAAGCCUGUUGAACAGAGGAUGUCAGGCGGUGUCACCGAAACCCAACAUCCCACUGACGAGCCUGCCGAUUCUGGAUUAAAAAAGGAAUCUGGGGUCCAUGAAUCGGAACAAAGAGAGAGUGCUGUCCCAUCCAGUAUUUUGGAAAAAGGCAUCAUUUACUUCUUCUUCCGGCCGCGUGUCAAUGUAGAUGAUCCGCAUGGCAUGGGUGACGUCUCUCGCAGUUUCUUCGUGCUUCGUCCUACCCCCCUCGGUGCCGAGCUGGACAAUAAUCAAGGUCCAAUGGACAAGGAUGCCCAUUGCCGCUUGUUGAUGCUCCCGAAGAAGAAGUUCCCCACCUCAGCCAAGGAAAGGGACAUGGCAUUUGUGGAGAAAGCAGGACAAACGGUCAAAAAUCUCCAGGACAAUUUCGUUGCAAGCAGUACAUAUCAGACUGCUACUCGGGGCGAACGCACCACAGAAGAUGCCAGACCCUACGCCGAAGGUGUUUACGCCAUCACUUCGUCGAAACGGGCAUCUCACCUUGCCUACGAAUUGACCAUUCCUGCCGAACUAGGUGAAGUCCAAGAGAACUUUGGCCUUUGCCAGCGCGGGAGCUGGAUCGUGCAGUCGAAAAAUCCAAAAUUCCCCGGCCCACCCUCUGGCCAAUUGCCCAAGGAGGCAGAUUACCCUGAAUCUGUGCGCGAAAAAUUCGGAGAUCUCCGAUGGGUUCCCAUGCAGCCAGAGUUCAUCGAUUAUCCCAAUGCGCAGAUCCUGAUGAUUGGGGGCGCAACGAACAAUUGGGGCAAAGCCGCGACAGCCGAGGGGGUCAAGCAACCCGAUGAGCCAGAACCUGGCCAAGAGCUGGAGAAACUUGCCGAGGAAAAUGAACACCGAGUUGAAAAUUUGAAGGGCAAUGAUACCGUGUUCCAGGAUCUCGGGAUGUACGCAAACAACUAUCGCGCUCUUCCUACGACAUGGAACGGUUCUGAUUCAUAA